AUGGCCGAGCGGGCCGCUGCCCAGGUUCUGGAACCGGACUCGGAGCAACAGGGUGUGGUGCCUUUACAACCCCUUGCCGUCCCGGACCAAACUGUGAGAGAAACCCAGCUGGGCACAGCAGCGAUUUCCCUGGCUGUAAUGACUUCAGUCCAAGCCGUGGAGAGGAAGGUGGAUUCUCACAUCACACGGUGUCUGAACCUGGAGGGGAGAACGGGGAUGACUGAGAAGAAACUAAUAGACUGUGAGAAGACAGUGGUGGAGUUUGGGAACCAGCUGGAGAGUAAAUGGGCCGUGCUGGAGACUCUGAUCCAGGAGAAUAAUCUGCUGCAGAGGAGGCUGGAGAAUGUGGAGAACCUGCUGAAAAACAGGAACUUCUGGAUCCUGAGACUCCCCCCAGGGACUAAGGGGCAGGUCCCCCAGGUGCCGGUGACGUUCGAUGACGUCUCAGUGUAUUUCAACGAGCAGGAGUGGGGGAGCUUAGAUGAAUGGCAGAAGGAGCUUUACAAGAAUGUGAUGAAGGGGAAUUUUGAGACUUUGAUCUCGCUGGAUUAUGCCAUUUCCAAGCCUGACAUCUUAGCCCGUAUUGAACAAGGGGAAGAACCAUGUGUCCGGGAUCAGCAGGACUCAGAGAGAGUAGAAAUCCCUGUGGAGCCUUGCACAGGGCCGGAAUCCCCCAUGUUGACAAGUGACGCUCUGUCACAGAUCAAACAAGAGGAGGAGUCCCAUGUGCAGGAUCAAGGUGCCUUGGAGGAAAGUAAAAUCCCAACAGACCCACCACACCGCAGCCCAGAUGUUCCUCACGGCUUCCUACCAGUUCUCACCAACUGCAGGCAGUUAAUCCCUCCCAUCACCCGUCCUUCCUCCGAGUGUUCGGAGGAGUCAGUGAAGCAGAGCUGGUCUCCUCCUCUUCCCUCUGACGAAGCUGAUGAGGGGAUUGUGAUCAAAACCGAGGUGCAGCAAGUGGAGGAUGUGCCAGCGACGUCGCUGGAGAGAGCAAAAGAGGAAGCUGUCCUGGGAUCUUGGGAGCGUGUCCAGGACCCUGGGGAGGAACGUCCUGAAAACCUGGAGGUGCCGGGGAUGUUGUUGGGAGGAUUUGACGAGGAGGAUUUCCAGGAUCCUGGGGAGGUAACAGCCCGGGAGGUUGCAUGCAGCUCAGGAACACAGCAGAGAAACCACGCAGAGAGCAGGACAGUGAACGCCGCUCACUGGGGCGGGGCCCUGAUCCACCACCAGAGAAAGAGCACUCGAGAGAGACUGUUUGUGUGCACGGUGUGCGGGAAGAGCUUCAGGCUGAAGAUAAAUCUCGUCAUCCACCAGAAGGGCCACGCAAACGAGAUGCUGUACGAGUGCACAAACUGUGGGGAAAGUUUCAGAGCCAAGCAGAAAUUUCUGCUGCAUCUGCGACACCAGACAGCGGCGGGGGCCUGCACGCUCUCUGCUCCUCAGGAACGUUCAAGCCAAGCGGCUCCCCCUGAGUCCCAGCCCCGAAGCCAGACGGAAGACGGUUCCAGCGGUAUCACUAAACGGGUUAAGAGGCUGGGUCACAAAUCGAGUCUGAGCAAAUACCAGCCGCCUCGUGUGCAAAGGACGUACACGUGCAGGGAAUGCAUGGAGCACUUCUCCAAGAGGAGGUGUCUCGUCGUGCACAAAAGGAUGCACGCCGACCGCAGCAAGGGGUCGCUCAUACUGUGUCCGUACUGCAGCAAGAGCUUCACCCGUCCCUCCGACCUCAUCCGGCACCAGCGGAUCCACACCGGGGAGCGGCCCUACCAGUGUGCCCAGUGUCACAAAACCUUCAACCGGCACCACCACCUCGUGGACCACCAGAAAAUCCACACGAAGAGAGAGAGGCCCUAUCAAUGCAGCGAGUGCGGGAAGUCCUACAUCCGCAGGCAGCAUCUCCUCAAGCACAAGCACAGCCACAGGAAGAAGAAAUCGUAAGAGGCGAGAGAGCCGGUCUGCAGAAACACUGUCAGCGGGGCAAUCUACAGGAGGGAGAUGCUGAAUGGCUCAACGGCUUCCAGUCGGAAUAGCCACCCCUGGCUUGCCCACGCUCACAGCCAUCCAAGCAAGGGGAGGAUCGGUCUUUGAUUUGUAACGAGCUACGGCCAAUUCACCUGGGAGACUAGGGUGUCCGUUGAUUUCACCUUAUCCUGCUAAGGCAAUUAAGGCCAAGCCCUGGUGCGUCAGUGCCGAUGGUGAGCACAGGCGUGACAAUCCAGGCAGAUUUGUUCCUGGAUACGAGGUUACAAUAAAGCGACUGCACUGCAGCAGGAUGUCACGAUCGCAGGAAAACGAACUGGCAGCAAAUGAAUAUUGAAGUGAAAACCUCUGGUUUUGAUGGGACAAUCCAAAUGGAUGGAGUGCGGCGACGGGCGGCUCGCGGCAGCGGAUAAGUGACUCCUGUGAUCAGCGUUUAAUACGUGUCAGUAUUUAAACAGAUUCCAAAGCCGGAUGGGCACAUUGGGGUCACCUGGUCUGACCGCCUGUAUAACACACAC